GAAUAAUAAUUUCAGAAGCGGGCGGGAGUGGCGUAAUUUUGAGGUUUGUGAGGGGAAAAAAUAUGGAAGGCGACAACUUCUUCUUCUUCGUCUCUACGAAGCCAUGAAAUUGCUUUUCUCUUUGAAUUUACCUCUGAAACUUCACUCUCUCAUCAUUCCCUCACUCUCUUUCCCCACUUCCUUCCUCAAGUUUCCACCUCCUCACUCUCCCUUCAAAUUCCCUACAACCAGAUUUCCGUCUCCAAAAUCAAUGACGACCGCUAUCUCUUCCCCUAAACCACUUGUUCAAGUCAAGGACAACAUCGAACUCACUGAAACCGAGGAGAAGAUUUUCCACAGGCUUCUCGGGACUCUUCGUCACUUCAAUCUCCAAACCCAACUUCGUGUUGCUGGCGGUUGGGUUCGCGAUAAGCUUCUCGGCAAAGAUUGUUACGAUAUUGAUAUCGCUCUGGACAAUAUGUUGGGUAGCGAGUUUGUUGACAAGGUUAGAGAGUAUUUGUUGACAGUUGGGGAAGAAGCGCAAGGAGUCGCUGUUAUUCCAUGUAACCCUGACCAAUCAAAACAUCUAGAAACAGCAAGGAUGCGUAUCUUUGAUAUGUGGAUUGAUUUCGUAAACUUGAGGUGUGAGGAAUACAGUGAGAAUAGCCGUAUUCCUACUAAGCAAAAGUUUGGGACAGCAGAGGAGGAUGCAUAUAGAAGGGAUUUAACAAUCAAUAGCUUGUUCUACAACAUCAACUUGAGCAUAGUCGAAGAUUUUACGAAAAGAGGCAUUUCGGAUUUGAAGUUUGGGAAAAUUGUGACUCCUUUACCAGCUAAAGCUACAUUUAUGGAUGAUCCACUUCGAGUCCUUCGAGCCAUACGUUUCUGUGCAAGAUUUGAAUUCACAUUGGACGAAGAACUGAAAGAAGCUGCUGCAUGUGAAGAAGUAAAGGCUGCUCUUGCUGCAAAGAUUAGCAGGGAACGUAUUGGAGUUGAGAUUGAUCUCAUGAUUGCUGGGAACCAACCAGUUAAAGCAAUGAGCUACAUUUCUGAUUUGACUUUAUUUUGGACUGUCUUUACUCUUCCCUCUAACAUUGAACCUGAGAUAUCUGAGGUGUGUAAUAGGCUUUGCGUUGCUUGUUUGGAUGCCACGUGGAACCUCAUUCAACAUAUCAAUUGCUUUACCUUUAGUGACGAACAGAAAAGGCUCUCUUUGUAUGCUUCUCUCUUCCUUCCAUUCAGAAAAUUCACAUUUAAAGAUAAGAAAUCCAAAAAGAUUCCUAUUGUCAACUAUAUUUUCCGGGAUUCUCUCAAGCGAAAAGCGAGCGAUGCUGAAACAGUUGUUAACGUACAUCAGGCCUUGGAAAAGUUUUUGUCCUUGAUUCCUCUUCUUGUAUCUAAAGAGGAAAUUCAACCCAAUGGAGUUGAUUGGGGUGUUGAAUGUGCAGAUGUUCCUGCUACGUCAAGGAUUCGAGUAUUGACUGGGCUUCUUUUGCGGGAAAUAAAAGACUUCUGGCCUGUAGCUUUAUUGAUGGCCACCUUGUUAUAUCCUGCUGAUGUAGAUUAUGCACAAGAUCUGUUAAACCGACACUUUGAACUGGAAAAGCGAAAAGAACUGUUUGAUGACGUUUACAACGAGAUUGUUAAACUAGGUUUGGAAAAUGUGUGGGAGAUGAAACCUCUGGUGAAUGGGAAGGAGAUUAUGAACAUUUUGCAACUGAAAGCAGGAGGACCACUUGUUAGAGAAUGGCAACAGAAGAUACUUGCAUGGCAGCUCGCACACCCCUCAGGAACAUCCGAAGAAUGCCUCGACUGGAUUCGGGAAACACAUUCGAAGCGUGUUAAGUUGGAUGAAUGAGAUUGGCUCUAAUUCUUCAAUCUCUCAACACUUUUUUCUGAGGUUUUGUUUCUAAUAUAACUUAGGGAGAAGAAGAGUUUAGGUGUUUUGUUAACAACAAAGUAUAGGAAUGAUAACAAUGCUGAAUUUUGAUGAAGUACUUAAAAUUCCUUAGGAUGAAUAUGAAUGAGGCUGAAGAUUGAGAGUAGUGUAUAUAGCCACAUAGGUAUUAACUAGAACCUAGAGAGAAAUAAGGAAUUUUAGCUGGGAUUUCAUAGCUCAUAUUUUUUUUGUUUUAAUUUAUUUUGAUAAUGAAAACUAUAUUUAAGUUCUUUUAUUUA